AUGCGAAAGCACUGGCGCACCACCCAUGGAUGGUCCCAGUAUCCGCAUGGUGGUCGAGUAAGCCGUGACGAGCGCGUGCGUGCAGAUGCUGAGCUGCAGCGAUCCUUUAUAUCUGUGACAUGCCAGCAGAUAUUCCCAUCGCGCAAAGGAUCGCAUUAUAUUCACAUCCGCAAUCCAAAUGAGAACGACGAACCGGCGAUCCCCACAGAUGAUAUCCAGGUUGCUGUCCAGGAGCUAGAGAACGCGUGGAAGGAGGCGCAGUCCACGCCGAGUACAAUUCAGGCAUCUGAUAUUACCGACGCCAACCCAUGGCUGCGCAUGACCCGGUGGUCCGAGUAUUUAGAAGGAAUCGCACCAAAGGAUCUAACCGACAGCGUGGCGCCGCCCGAGGAAGAGCCCACAGAUCCCGUGGAGCAGGGCGUGCGCCACAUUUGGGCCGCCAUGGAGCAGGUCGUGCGCAAGAGCCAGCGCGUGGUCCAGCACAGCGGCCAGGCAAUCUGCAUUGAAGCCAUCCGAUCUGAAAAGGGUCAAACACCAUAUCGACCGUUGCAGGCGUAUAUGGAUACCGAGAGCCGCAAGAAAUGGCGGCAGUUAUGGCACCUCGCCACUACCCACCGGGAUAUUCCCGGCGAGCCGCAGGACGACGACGCAGCGUGGCGCAUGACCCCGAUCGAAGGCGCGUGUUUGGAGUUUUGCAUCGAGUUGCUAAACCAAAAGCAGCGUAGCCAUGAGUACGAGAGCGUGCUUGUGGCGCGCUUUAUAAUUGUCCAGAAAGCGCUUUGGUUGGAUCCGAAUCCCGAGGAGAUUAUCGCGGUGUGGCAGAAGAAGAGUAACUGCGCGCAGUGGGUGCUCGCCAGCGCCGACGACGAGCUGGAGGAUAUUUAUUCGGACGAGGGAUAUUACAGUCAACCAGAGCAAGGCAUCCCAUCAUCGCCCCCACAUCGCCCAUUACCAGCAGAGCACGUGGAGUGGAUGGUGCAGCGGUUUAUGGUGCGUGGCACCCACAGUCCAAUACAAACGUUGCAGGAUUGGCGCACGUACGGGUUAAAGAUCCAUUAUAAUACCACGGCGCCCGGGCACAUUACAUGGAACCAUGGCGACGAGCUCGGAUACAAGCAUAUCACAUUUACCAUGGGCGAUUUCCGCGGAUUUGUCCAUGGAUUGGUCGGGGCCACACGCCAGAUAUUCGCGGGAAGACAUUCCCAGUAUUCCAUGGCACGCGAUCUACGACGACCCCACGCAGGCCACGGUGGGAUGGAAUUUUUGCGGGAUCAGCGCACGCAAUGGCCGGUGGGGCCCAAGUGGAUGAUCGGCCGGUUGCGGGCCGAGCCGGCCGUGCAGAAGGAGUUUACCGUCCGGCGCCAAGCCCGACGGCUGCACAUGCCGAAGGUGGCGCAGUAUCUGGAGCGCGUGGCGCGAUUUAAGGAGAAAUUAGCAGUGCUUGUUCACGUGGUAUCCGGCCAGCCGGCUCGCGCACCCGAGUUAUUAAGUAUUCAACAUGUGAAUACCGUGGCGAAUCGACAGCGCAAUAUCUAUAUCGAGGACGGGAUGGUGGCGUUGGUGACGGCGUACCACAAGGGGUUUUACGCGAGUAACGAUAUAAAGAUCAUUCAUCGAUUUGUGCCACGGGAGCAACUAAGCGCAUGGCAUGCGAAGCAGACGCAGGGCACCACGGCGCAGGGCAUGCACGCAACGCAGGGAACGCACGCAGUGCAGGGCACCACCACAGCGCAGGGCACGAACGCAACGCAGGGCACGCAGGGAAUACGCGCAGUACAGGGCACCACCACAGCGCAAAGCACCACCACAGCGCAAAGCACCACCACAGCGCAGGGCACCACGGUGCAGGGCGCUCACGCAACGCAGGGCACAUGCGUUUUAUGGGGCCCCGACCCCGGAACCCGGCGCAAAUGGACGUCCGAGCGGUUCCGGGAGGUGUUAAAGCGCGAAACCAAGACCCGGUUAAAAGAAGCCAUUAAUAUCCAGUGGUAUCGGGAUAUCGCCAUUGGGAUUAGCCGACGAUUUUUGCGACCCACUGCCGCGUUUGCCAGCAACAUGCAGGAGGAGAGAGACUUGGCGCAGGCUGUGUUAAACGCCGACACCGAGGAGGGCGGCGCAUUCAUCCCAAUUGGCGGGUGGAGUGUACGGCCGUGGUAUUAUGGAGCAGCCCGGGACCACGGCACAUCGCCGUGCAAUGUUUCGACUCUCCAGCACCGAUUGGCACCGGUUUUGGGGUUUGCAUCCGCCGCGGAGCCCAGCCCGUUGGGGAAGCGCAAGAGAUCACCAUGGGAGGACGAAGCCGAGGAGGGCCGAGUGGUCCGACGUCACCGGUUAAAUAUCGCAGAUAUGCGCACCACGUUGCAGCACAUGACCGGGCAAGAGGAUAUCCAGUUCCGGGGCGUCCAAGCACCGGCGUUGCGCGCCAUUCAGGACGGCAAGAGCCCGGUGCAAACACGCCGGUUAGACCGGAUCGUGAUCGACGAAUGCCAUGUGAUAUUAAACGACCAAACGGAUUUCCGACCCGAGUUGCGACAGCUGGGGCGGUUGAACCACGCGCGAACCCAGAUGGUGUUAUUAACUGCCACGUUGCCGCCGCGGUUGGAGGCGAAGUUAUUCCGGCGCAUGGAGUAUUCCCGCGAGCAAGUCCAUAUAUUUCGGGACCGGACAAGCCGUCCCAACGUGGCGUAUCGCGUGUGGCGGCCCGAGCUGGGUCGGCGUUCCAUGCAGUGGUUUACCAGCGAGCCGGUGCUCGCGUUUAUCCGCGAGCGAAUCCAGCGCGCCAAGGAUGGCAAGGUGGUGGUAUACGGCCAUGUGGUCCGUCAGGUAGUGGAGAUUGCACGCGAGUUAGCGUGCGAGGCGUACUACAGCAAGCAGGUUGACAAGCCAUCUAUAUUACAGCGAUUUACCCGGGGCGAGGCGCGAGUAAUUACCGCCACCAGUGCAUUGGGCAUGGGUGUGGAUAUCCCCGAUAUUCGCAGUAUUAUCCAUAUUGGAACACCGCGGUCGUUGUUGGAGUACGGGCAGGAAAGUGGGCGAGCCGGACGGGAUAGCCAGCGCAGCGAGGCGAUUAUUAUCCAGCCCGAGGGCUGGGACGAGCCCACGCCGGAGACGCCAGAGGCCGUGGCGGAUCGCGAGUUGGUGGACGAGUACCUCGGGGUGGCGCCCGGGGUGGGAUGUCGACGGUUUGUAUUGGACGCGUACAUGGACGAAACAGUGAAUGGCUAUACGCGCCGAUACUGUCAGGAUAUUGAUUCCACCGAGGCACUCUGUGACGGCUGUGACGCCGAUUGGCUCGCGCAGGAGUCGGUUUGCAUGUCCCCGGACAGAUAUUCCCCGGACACCCGCAUGGACGAUCUCGCCAGCACGACAAGCCCACCACGCGAGAUUAGCGCUACGGGCAGUCCCCAUUCCCAUGGUAGUGGCGAAUUAUUUCCAUUAUCGCAUAUUAUACCACAGAGCACGCAGAAUAUCGCGCCAAAUCCCACACGCCGGUCCCAAUCCCAUGACAGUACAGAAUCAUUUGAAACUCAAGUAAUAUCGCAUGUUAUACCACAGAGCACGCAAAAUAUCGCCCCCAAUCCCACGCCCACGGUUAGUAUCGCCGAACGCCAGCGCCAACGGGUGCAAGACCAGCGCCAUGCAGCGCCCGUAUUCAACACCAGGUGCAAGAUGCACGGCAGUGGUUGGACGAGGAAACUAUUGAAAACGAGAUAG